UAUUUCAGUCCUUGUCAUAAUAAUCAUUAAUCCCUGGAUUAAUGUUGUUUUUCCAUCGACUCCUGUGUGAUCCUCUAUCUUUGCACAUCCAACGCCUGAUAAGAAAAUGUUCAGCGGCAAAACAGCUGUCAUCCGGAGGAGAUCCAAGACUGCUGGAGUAAUGAUCACACAGUAUGUAGUAAACAUACCGGAGGGGAAAAGCACCCCAGAUUUCCAGAGUAAACCUACUCCAGUAACUAUCAAGGAAGGGAAAUCAGCGGUUUUCAAGGUUGUAGUGAAAGGGGAUCCAACUCCAGAGGUGACAUGGAAAAGAGCUAAAGGGCCUAUUACAGACAAGGACAAGUUUCAGAAUAAAUAUGAUGAAUCAACUGGAGAGCAUAUAUUAGAGAUUGUCAAAGUGUCUGGUGCGGAAACAGAUACAUACAAAUGCUACGCUGCCAACGAAUACGGCAAAGCUGUCUGCACAACAAAUUUAAACGUGAUUGAGACUUCGAAAAAUCCGUUAGACUUCAGAAAAUUGCUGCGGAAGAGUAAAGUAGACGAGAAAGCAGACGGGGAAGCUGAUGAAAAAUUCUGGGACACGAUGAUGAAAGCAGACAGGAGGGACUACGAGCGCAUCUGUACUGAGUUUGGUGUUGCAGACUUACAGAUGGUCCUCAAGAAACUGGAAGAGAAGAAGAGGGAGAGGGCGCAGAAUAAGAGUAAGAAUGGUGCGCUUCCAUAUGAUGAAGAUGCAACAGAGAAACACAGCCUAAAGCAAGCUGGAAGGACGAGGGAUCUUAAUAAUAAGGGCCUGAUGCAGAAGGGCACGGGGCUCGAUCAGGUGGAUGAAGAAGUCGACCUGCUCGACACAGGGCGGGAUCUUGCGGAUGAAGAGGUCAACAAUCUCAAUGCAGAGUUCAAACUUUCCAAUGUGGACUUUGUAAUCAGGAUUCAGGAGAUUAAAGCUCAAGAAAGAGACGAUGCCCUCUUUGCGUGUGUCCUGACUCAUCCAUUACCCAAAAUCACAUGGAUGGGCAAGGGCAGCACCCUGGAGGACGGAGAGAAAUACAGCAUAACAGUGUCAGACCACAAACUCAUCCACCGGCUGCUGAUCAAGGACUGCAGCCAAUUGGACAAAGGCAUCUACUCAGCUGUGGCUGGCAUUACAUCCUGCAGUGCCUGGCUGGUCGUUCAAGGCGAUAGUGACCCUGCUUCUGCUGGACAUAAGAGACCUCGUAAAACUACUUUGGCUGCUGGAGCACAGAUUGACCUCGAGAAGGUGGCCAGAGAGCAACAAAUAAAAAACCGAGAGGAGAUGGAGAAGAUUUUAGCAGCUGUAAAAGUAAAACAUGGAGAUGGACAACUGAAAGAAGGGAAGUCAUUAACCACAAGCGGAAGAGAUGGGGAAAUAAGUGCAGUCGUUGCACCGGGGAAAAACAAAGGAGAAGAGGAAGAAAAGAAGAAGAAGAAGAAGUCAAAAGGGAGCAAAGGGAAAGGAGCAAAUGUUAAAAACUUAAGAGGAGAUGGCACAGAAACGAACUUAGAUGGUUCAGAGUGUCUGACACAAGUUGGAGAGACAAUAGAUGACAACAAGAACAAGAAACACACCAGAUCUGGUCAAGCAGAUUUUGACAAGGUAACAGAAACCUCAGACACCACAGAUACAGAUGAAGGAGAAUAUUCUGAAGAAAGUGACGACAGCACUGGAUCUACCAAUAAUUCAAGAAACAAAAAACACAGUCAAGAGAAAGGACGAAAGGGUUCCCGUGGCAAAACUGUGGAGUUCGACCGGAUGCAAACAUUUGGCACAAGUGAAAAUGAAGUGGCUGAUUCUGAUGGAAAUAAAGACUCUGCUGGGUCUGUAAAGCGCUCAAAGCUCACAAAGAAGGUCCGAUGGAAAGAACAAGCAGCUGAGCAAGAUCCAAAUGGACUAGUGGGUAAUGAUGAAGGAAGUGACGCUGAAACAAGUGACGCUGAAACAAGUGGCGCUGACACAAGUGGCACUGACACAAGUGACGCGGAAGCAAGUGGCGCUGACGGAAUUGACACUGAAGGAAGUGACAAUAAAGCAGGUGACAAAAAAAUAGGUGACAAAAAAGCAGGUGGCAAAAAAGCAGGUGGCAGAAAAGCAGGCGACGGUGACGGUAAUGAGGACUCUACCGGCCAGGUCAAGCAAUCAAGACGUAAGAAGAAAGAAAAGAAGAAGAAAAGCCAGCGGCCAAAGAAAGCAGUCAACGGUGAAAUGACAUGUCCUGAAAACCACAACGAGUAUGACGAGACCGAAGAUGCAACUGCGUCUGCCAAGCAUCCGAGGCGUAAAAGACAAGGCCCACUGAUAGAAGACGUGGUGAUUGAUCCAGGGGUUCAUUUCAUCUGUGGUCUGUCUGACGUCAAUGCAAUCAUCAAUGAGCCUGCUGAGUUAACUUGUAAGCUUAGCAGUGAAGACUGUGAGGGAGUCUGGUUCAGAGAUGGCAAAAAGAUAUCCCCAGAUGACAAUUUCAUUGUGACUAAAGAUGGUGCGAUCCAUAAAUUAGUCAUAAUCAGCUGCGAGGAUGAGCACUCUGGGAAAUACCGCUUUGAGGCAGACGGUCGUAAAACAGAGGCGAUGAUCAACGUCAAAGAUCCCCCCAGGAUUAACCCUGAAGACCUCAGUGCUUUCAUUGAGCCAGUCACGAUCAAAGUGGGACACAAUGCCAUCUUCAAAGUGCAUUUUGUUGGCCAUGAACCCAUAAAGAUUAAGUGGUACAGAGAGGGGGAAGAGCUCCUCGAUGACAACAACACAAGGAUAGAGAAAUCUGCGAGUCACAGCCGCUUGCUCCUGAGCAGGUGCCAGAGGAAGGACACCGGCGAGAUCAAGAUUAAGCUCAAGAACGAACACGGCUUCACUGAGGCAAUUUCACAGCUAAUUGUGCUUGACAAACCGACUUCACCGCUGGGUCCUGCAGAGGUAACAGAGAGCUCAGUUGUGUGUAUUGAAUUUAAGUGGAGGCCCCCAAAGGAUGAUGGCGGCUCACCCGUGAUUAACUACAUAAUGGAGCGACAGCAGGUUGGACGAAACACAUGGAAGAAACUAGGGGAAGUCCCAGGUGUGUCCAGCUACCGUGACACAGACGUGGACCGUGGACGGAAAUAUUGUUACCGUAUCCGGGCAGUGACUGCAGAGGGCACAAGUGAAGCGAUGGAGACUGAUGACAUGCAAGCUGGCACACUGGCCUUUCCUGGCCCUCCAGCACCUCCAAAGAUAGUCAGCGCCUACGACGACUGCAUCAAUAUUUCCUGGGCUUCUCCUAGUAACACAGGAGGGGCACGUAUCCUGGGCUACAUUUUGGAGAAACGCAAGAAGGGAAGUAAUCUCUGGGCUGUUGUUAAUGCCAUGGAUGAACUCAUAAAAGAGAAGAAAUAUUCAGUGAAAGAUGUUGUGGCAGGUAUGGAAUAUGAAUUUAGAGUCUCUGCCAUAAACCUUUCUGGAGUUGGUGAAUUCAGUAACCCCUCAGAGUUUGUUUUUGCACGGGAUCCUAAGAAGCCUCCUGGUAAAGUCACAAGCCUGAAGGUGACAGAGACGUCUUACAGCCACUUGGUCCUGACUUGGACCAAACCUGAGGUUAAAGAAGGGAUACAGGAUGAAGCAAAGGGAUAUUAUGUGGAGAUUCGGCCUGCAGAGUGCCUUGAAUGGUCCCGCUCUAACACCACUCUGAUUAUCACGACUACCUUCAGUGUGAGAGGCCUGAAGUCCAUGGCCAUGUACUGGGUGAGAGUGAUUGCGAUUAAUGACGGAGGAGAGAGUGAUCCUGAGGAGCUGGCCAACUAUGUCCUUGCAAUGCCCUCACCUGUGAGGCCAAAGUUCACAAACCACAAGAUGAAGAGCUUCAUGGUGGUGAGAGCAGGAAACUCUGUCAGGAUCACAGUGAACUUUGAGGCCUCCCCACGGCCUCAUAUUAUGUGGCUGAAGGACAAUGUGCCAGUGACAAAGCGAGUUACAAUCAGUAACUCUGAUGGCUCAUCCCAGCUGCUGAUCCCCUCGUCUGAGCGCUCUGAUUCUGGCAUUUACUCCAUUUUGGUAAAAAAUCUUGCAGGACAGGAGACAUUCAGCACAGAGGUCAGGGUCACAGAUGAUCCAAAGCCUCCUGGACUGGUGGAACUGGAGGAAAAUGUGCCAGGCACAGUGACUGUGAUGUGGGAGCCUUCUCCUGACGAGAAGCGCGAUGACCGCCUCCACUACUCUGUAUCCAAACUGGACUCUACCAAACGCACAUGGACAACAGUAGCUGACAGACUCUUCAAUAACAAGUUCACAGUCUGCAACAUCAUGCAAGGGAGGGAAUAUCAUUUCCGUGUGUACGCCAAAAACGACAUGGGCAUAUCUGCCCCGUCAGAGUCACCAACCUGUGGGACAGAGAAGAAGAAAGAAAAGUUUGUAGUGAGUGUUCCGACCAGGAAGGACUGUGAUCUGCGAUGUGCUCCAACCUUCAUUGUGCCUUUGAAGCUUCACAAUGCACCCAAAGGCUACGAGUGCUACAUGAGCUGUGCAGUGAAGGGAAAUCCCAAACCUCGUAUCACAUGGUAUCGAAAUCACAUCAGUAUAAACACUAAUACCAAUUAUUACAUCUCUGAUACCUGUGGGGUUUGCUCCAUGUUAAUUCUUCAAGUUGGUCCCAAAGACAUGGGGGAGUACACCAUCACUGCAGAGAACGCCCUCGGACGGGCUGAGUGCUCCACCGUCCUCAGUGUCAGAGGUGAGAGAGAAACACAGCUGCACUUUCAUUCAAAGGAUAGGUGGAAUAAAAAAAGUAUGCUUUUGAUUCUAAAUCGUUUGAUCUCUCCUCCAUACAGAGUGAAGAAACUAAAGAUGACAGCAGCACACAUGGUGGUGGUGGUGGUGGAGACACAGCCACUCCCAGUGGCUGCCCAGCCCCCCUCCACUCCACUCCACUCCGCCUGGUUCUUCCUGAAUGGCCGAUCACGCUGCCUGCGGUCCCCGCCUCCCUGCAUCAUCUCCUGCUCUCCCUCUUCAUCUACAGCUCGCUGCAGCCUCUCGGUACUUUAUUGA